CACACAACUCACCGAGGCACCGAGCCGAUCAAGGAUUGCGCGGCGUCGCCGGCGCCCGGGAUGGCCGGCUUUUCAAGCGCCACCUCCUGCGCUCUCCUCCUCCACCUCGUCAUCUUCUUCUUCCACCUUCCUACUCCUGCCGUCUCCUUGUCCUUCAACUACUCCACGUUCAGCUUGGCGGACCAGAACUCCAUCAAGGUCGAAGGCAACGCAUCCUUCGGCGACGGAUGGAUCGACAUCAGCGCCGACAGGUACGUCGGCAGCAUCGACAACAGCACUGGCCGGGCGUCCUACAGCUCCCAGCCCGUGCCGCUCUGGGACAAGGCGACCGGCGAGGUGGCCAGCUUCACCACGCGCUUCGACUUCACCAUCGUCGGCGACAAGAACAACAAGGGGCAAGGCAUGGCCUUCUUCCUCGCCGGCUACCCGUCUAGCCUGCCGGACCGCUGCCCCGUCUAUGCCUUCGGCCUCGCUAACCAGAGCGCGGACGCCGUGGCGUCCGGCGACGGCCGGUUCGUGGCGGUGGAGUUCGACACCUUCAACAAUUCAAUAAUAUCCGACCCCAACCAGACCUACGACCACAUCGGCAUCGACGUCAACUCCGUCAGAUCGAUGAGCACGCUGACUUUGCCGAGUUUCGACCUCAUGAACAACCUCACCGCCGCCAUCGAGUAUGACGGCGUUUCCAGCGUCUUAUCGGUGACGGUAUGGCUUGGUGAUGAUAAUAAAGGCCAGCCGAGAGGCCAGAGUUUCAACCUCAGCUCCAAGGUUGACCUCAAGAGCGCACUGCCGGAGCAGGUUUCCGUUGGCUUCUCCGCGUCCACGUCCACCUCCUUCGAACGGCAUCAGCUACGCUCUUGGUAUUUCAACUCUUCGUUGGAAUCACGGCCACCACCACCACCAGCACCAUCCUCCUCGCCAAGGCCAAGUUCUGGAGUUAUAGCCGGAGCUGCUGCAGGGGCAACAAUGUUCCUUGUGCUCCUCUUCGCAGCUGCAGCGGCACUCCUAGUGCGCCGCCGUCGUCGUCAAAACAUCAUGGAGAUGGAGGAGGAUUACACAGACUCGGAAGACGAAGGUGAGCCGAUGACGGAGAUCGAGAUGGGGACAGGGCCAAGGCGGUUCCCAUACCACGAGCUCGUGGGCGCCACCAAGAACUUCACCGCGGAGGAGAAGCUUGGGCAAGGUGGCUUCGGCGCGGUAUACCGAGGUUAUCUGAGAGAGCCAGCUGGGCUUGCCGUGGCCAUAAAGAGGUUGGAGUCCUCCAUGCAAGGAAAGAAGGAGUACAAGUCGGAGAUCAAGGUGAUAAGCAGGCUGCGUCACCGGAAUCUCGUGCGGCUGAUCGGCUGGUGCCAUGGCCGCGAUCAGGAGCUCAUGCUGGUCUAUGAGCUCAUGCCGAACCGCAGCCUCGACAUCCAUCUCCAUGGCAAGGGCACAUUCCUUACAUGGCCAAUGAGGAUGAAGAUAUUGCUGGAGCUUGGGUCUGCACUGCUCUACCUCCAUGAGGAGUGGGAGCAAUGCGUGUUGCACCGUGACAUCAAGCCCAGCAACGUGAUGCUCGACGAAUCCUUUGGAGCCAAGCUAGGCGACUUCGGGCUCGCGAGGCUCGUCGACCACGCCGCUGGGAUGCAGACGAUGACCGCAGUCUCAGGCACUCCUGGCUACUUGGACCCCGAGUGCGUGUGCACCGGCAGGGCCAGUGCCGAGUCCGACAUGUACAGCUUCGGAGUGGUUCUAUUGGAGGUGGCAUGCGGCAGGAGACCAAUGAGUAUAAUUGCGGCCGACCAGGACCAGCACAAGAAUGGCGGCGUCUUCAGGCUGGUUGAGUGGGCCUGGGAACUAUACGGCCGGGGAGCCAUCCUCGAGGCCGCUGAUGAGCGGCUGAACGGAAGCUACAACACGGUGGAGGUAGAGAGGGUGAUGGUCGUCGGGCUGUGGUGCGCGCACCCAAACCCAGCCGCGCGGCCGUCCAUCAGGACAGCCAUGGCCACUCUCCAGCCCAAGGUCAACCAAGCCUGCUGCGAGCUGCCGGUGCUUCCUUCAAAGAUGCCGAUGCCGAUGUACGCGCCGCUGUCACCGCCGCUCACCUCAGGCAACGUCGCUGGGGUGUCAUCAUCGUCCUCCUCCACCGUGCAAUCUCUUGCCUUGACCGACGUUGUUGGGAUGUCGUCGAUGAUAUCGUUCAACAUGCCACAGCACACCUCUGGUACCACAUCCUCCGGCGCUAGCACUUCAACAACCAGUUCGAAGACCUCUUCCUCGCUACUGAAACAUCAUCACACGUAGUAAUUUAUGAUCUGAGUAUGAUAUGUUCCCGGAGUGUUGAUGUAAUGCCGCCAGGAUGGGACUGGCAGCAGGAAUGGU